CCUGGAGAGACGCCCUUAACGAGGAGCCUCCCGGGUGUCCUGGAAGCGGAAGGGCGGCGGGGCCGUGGGGGUUAGGGCGAGUGGUGACGUUUCGCUGGCCGGCGGAGAGCGGGCCGCGGCGGCCGUUGGUGCCGCGGGCGGCGGAGGAGCGUUGUGCGGCCCUCGCCGUGGGGGGCCGCGCGCAGGCCCUGCGCUGCGCUGCGCUCCCGAUUCCUCUGAGUUGUAUUUGAAGCUGCCAAAAUGGUUCUAGCAGAUCUUGGAAGAAAAAUAACUUCAGCAUUGCGCUCACUGAGCAAUGCUACAAUUAUCAAUGAAGAGGUUUUAAAUGCUAUGUUAAAAGAAGUAUGUACAGCAUUACUGGAAGCUGAUGUUAACAUCAAACUAGUGAAGCAACUCAGAGAAAAUGUCAAGUCUGCAAUCGAUCUUGAAGAGAUGGCAUCUGGCCUAAACAAAAGAAAAAUGAUUCAGCAUGCUGUCUUUAAAGAACUUGUUAAGCUUGUAGAUCCUGGGGUCAAAGCAUGGACACCUACCAAAGGAAAACAGAACAUUAUAAUGUUUGUUGGGUUGCAGGGAAGUGGUAAAACAACAACCUGUUCAAAGUUAGCAUACUUCUAUCAGAGGAAAGGUUGGAAGACUUGUUUAAUAUGCGCAGACACAUACAGAGCAGGUGCUUUUGACCAGCUAAAGCAGAAUGCCACAAAAGCAAGAAUUCCCUUUUAUGGGAGUUACACAGAGAUGGAUCCUGUAAUAAUUGCCUCAGAAGGUGUGGAGAAAUUUAAAAAUGAAAACUUUGAGAUAAUCAUUGUUGAUACAAGUGGACGUCACAAACAGGAAGACUCUUUGUUUGAAGAGAUGUUACAAGUUGCUAAUGCCAUACAACCAGAUAACAUUGUUUAUGUGAUGGAUGCUUCCAUUGGCCAAGCUUGUGAAGCUCAAGCUAAAGCUUUCAAAGAUAAAGUAGAUGUAGCCUCUGUUAUUGUUACUAAGCUUGAUGGACAUGCAAAAGGAGGUGGCGCUCUUAGUGCAGUUGCUGCCACAAAAAGUCCUAUUAUUUUUAUUGGAACGGGCGAACACAUAGAUGACUUUGAACCCUUUAAAACACAGCCUUUCAUCAGCAAACUUCUUGGUAUGGGCGAUAUUGAAGGAUUGAUAGAUAAAGUAAAUGAGUUAAAGUUGGAUGAUAAUGAAGCACUCAUAGAGAAGCUCAAACAUGGUCAAUUUACAUUAAGAGAUAUGUAUGAACAAUUCCAAAACAUCAUGAAAAUGGGACCAUUCAGUCAGAUCUUGGGUAUGAUCCCUGGUUUUGGAACAGACUUCAUGAGUAAAGGCAACGAACAGGAAUCAAUGGCAAGGCUAAAGAAAUUGAUGACUAUAAUGGACAGUAUGAAUGACCAAGAACUUGACAGUACAGAUGGUGCCAAAGUUUUCAGUAAGCAGCCAGGAAGAAUCCAAAGAGUGGCAAGAGGUUCAGGUGUAUCUACCAGAGAUGUUCAGGAGCUCUUGACCCAAUACACUAAGUUUGCACAGAUGGUGAAAAAGAUGGGAGGUAUCAAAGGGCUUUUCAAAGGUGGCGAUAUGUCAAAGAAUGUAAACCCAUCUCAGUUGGCCAAACUGAACCAACAGAUGGCAAAGAUGAUGGAUCCAAGAGUUCUUCAUCAUAUGGUUUGUGACUUCCUUGGGGAAAAGAUCGCAUCUGUUUUGGGGAUAAGUACACCAAAAUACCAGUAUGCCAUUGAUGAGUAUUACAGAAUGAAAAAAGAGGAGGAAGAGGAGGAACAGGAAAACAAAAUGUCAGAAGAAGCAGAAAGACAGCAUCAGGAGCAGCAGAACAAGCCACAGGCUGAAGCUCCUGUCCAGACAGACCAGCCUGAAGCAACAACAUGUAGUUCAUUUGUGAAUUUAAACUUUGAAACUGAGGGAGACUGCCAGUCUGUUGUGGAAAAUAAACAAGAUGUCGUUACUGUCCCUACUUAAGCAUAAAGCUCUGUAUAAUACUGGAAAUAGGAAGUGUCAGGUGUCACAAUCUGGUUGUAAGAAGCAGGAAAAAUAGAUUUAUACUUGUUCAGUAAAAUACAAUUCUCAGCAUUCUUAUUCAUCAGGAGAGAGCUAGGUGAUGUCUGUUCAGUCCAUCUGCCUAAUAAAGGCUGAGGCAUUCUGCCAAAUUGGCACUUCUGUUGAAAUCAAAAUUGCACUACUAAGAUUUGGUCUGAAUUGAAUCUGCUAGCCAAUUUCUGUGUAAAGCAAGUAAAAAUGUCUUUUCUUUGAAUUGCUGUGCAUCUCUGACACUUGUGGAGUGCAGACACAGUGCUGUUUUCUACUUCUGAACACCUAUUUUUGAUUUGCACGUUGUUUGCAACUUGGCUCUCUGUGAAUAGAUUAGUAGGAAUCCUUUUCCUGUAACUCGCAAAUCAUUGUAAUAGCUUCCAGAGUCCCCUAUUUAUUGUCACUACUCUAUGCAUGUAUUUUUUUUUGUUGUUGUUGUCACAAGCUUUUACAUUUAACUAGGUUUGACGGCCUACUGAAAGCCUUUACUUGUUUAUGUUAAAGGAGGCUAUAAACACCCUUAAGAACUUACUAACCAACUAGUAUCACCAUUCCCAGAGGUUAAUAGUGCUCAGCUGUUUCAUUCAGUGCUAUAGCAAACUACAGAACUAGCAGUGUUUUAAGACAUUCUUACUCUGUUUGUAAGGCUUAAUAGAGACCUACCUGUUUGAAUAUUUCUAACAUGCUCUGAAAGUAAACUGGAAGUAAACUGAAGUCUGCUAAAUUAUACUGAGUUUACUGGCCAUCGUAUAUGAUACCAACCCAUAACUAUAAAAAUGUGGGGUUUUGAUUUAAAUUACCUGAGUCAGUGUACGUGAUUAACCCGAACAGACUUUUUUUAAUGUUUGGUUACAAGUAAGGCAUUUGCUGUUGUAGAUGUUUUUCCCCUAUAGUGCAGAGUACAUUUUAAUAACUGUAAAUUACAAAACCAAACUUAAGACUCUUCCUUUGUUUUUUUUAAAGGAAGGCCUUGCCUUAAUAUUGGAAAGAUACUAAAUUUUCUUUUUGGGGAAGCAGAAUGCAGGUACUUCCAGAUCUCUUAACCAGCCUCAAAUACUGAUUAAAGGGAUUUUACUGCAGUAACUGUUAUUCUAUGUGUAAAAGAGAAAUGUUUAAGAUGAUCAGAUUUUGGUGUUCUAGGCAAGGAAAUAAGUAACUUUGUCCCAAUCACUUUCUCUGCAGAAUGCUUGUAGAUAAAUAAGUAGAAAAAAACAUACUAAUUACCAUGUGAAUCAUUACUUCUAUCCUUGAGACUUAAAAAAAAAAAAAAAAAAAAAAAAAUCCAAGUUUCAGUGAAAUCUCAUGUUGGGUAUUGUUAUAUAUCCAUGGCCUUGGUCCCACCACCAGCUAACCUGAGAGCCUUUUGUAAUGUCACAGGCCAGGACAACUGGUAUUAGACCUUAUGUAGCUCAGUUAUAUGUAUUUCAGACAACCCUCUGCCUAAACUAGUGCCCUGUGCAGCACAACUUCUCUCUCUUGCCCUUGGCACUCCAGAGGAUCUUCUGAGGAGGAACUGGCCAGCCGUUCUGUUCAGUCUGUUUUGAUGCUCUGUUAUUUGCCUCUUUUUGAACUGUGAUACAGAGAGGGUGCUGACAGCUGUGCAAAAAUCAUUCUUUAGCCCUGAAUAUCUGCAAGGAAAAGCUUGGUUCAGCACCUGGGGAAUACAUAAAAAAAUCUUAUUGGGAGUUAUUGUACUGUGUCAAAUGUAAAAAGCCUCUAGUAGUUCAAGAGUAAAACCUCUACAGCUGAAGGAUAUAUUUUGCUUUUCUCCAAGAAAUUGUCAGUUGUGAUUUUUUUUUUCCUCCUCCCUAGCUGUUGCAUUAAGGAAUGCCCUCACUGCCUUGGGCUUUAACUUCUUUGUAUAAAAUGCUCUAUUACUCACUGUGCCUUAACUUAAUUCUUCUUUUAGUUUUUGCAAACUGUAUGAAAGUGGUUACUUUAAUUUUCUGUAAAUGCAUUAAAUGGUUAUUUUAUAUUUAAUAUAAUUUUUGAACUGGAAA